AUGAAGUUUACAUCCACAAUUUCUGCAGCUUCGAUAGCAAUCUCAGGCGUUGUCGCUAACGCCGAUCAUGCCUCCCGACAGUUGAUUAUCGGUGGAAAAGUCGUUGAAAUCAACACAAAGACAUAUACGACAUGCCUUCGGUCCAAACCUGACGCAGAUUGCUACUGCGCUGGUGCUUUAGUCUCUCAUCGGCACGUGCUCACAUCGGCAAUGUGUGGAGCUUAUCAACCAGAUGGCAUUGGACCUUAUUUUGUCACCGUAGGUGCGCAUUCUAUGAGAGUCGCGACUGAAGGUGAACAUUUUAAGGUCGUGCAAGUGCAGAAUCAUACAAAACAUGACGUUGUGAAUGGUAGCUACGAUCUUGCUCUAUUGACUUUAGAUCGUCCAUGUACUAUUCCACCCAUUGAGCUCGCAAAGCAGGAUGACUCGGAUAUCAAACCUGGUAUGUGGACGAAGGUCAUGGGUUGGGGUCUUACAAGCUAUCCCGGUGAAUACUCGAAUGAGCUACGUAGUCUUGAUGUUGAGGUCUGGUCAGACGCUCAAUGCAUGGAAUUUUUCCAACUUGAUGAGUCAUACGUUUGCAGUGGUGGGUUUAAGGGCAUUGGACCUUGCGACGGUGAUCUUGGUGGACCACUUAUUCUAGAACAGAAGAAAACAGACCCAAAUGGACCAGAUUUACCUGAUAUUCUUAUUGGAAUCUCCAGUUGGGGUUACGGCUGUGCUGAAGGGUCACCAGAUUAUAACUCUCGUAUCUCGACGUCUGUUGAUUGGAUUACAUCAGUAAUUGGUAAUGUCACAUGUGCAGACGGGACUCCAGCACAAAACGCAUUGCCGAACCCUGGAAACGCAGUGCAGAAUCCAGGCGACGUGGUACAGAACCCAGGCGAUGCAAUGCAGAACCCAGACAAUUUGUUGCAGAAUCCAGACAAAUCGGCGCAGAACCCAGACAACGUUGUGCAGAACCCAGACAAUGUCAUGCAGAACCCAGACAACUCCGUGCAAAACCCAGACAAUGCCGUGCAACACCCAGACAAUGCCGUGCAAAAUCCAGAGAACAUGGUGCAGCAUCCAGAGAAUGGAGAGCAGAACCCAGAAAACACUGUGCAGACCCCAGAAAAUGCAGUUCAGAACCCAGAAAACACCGUGCAAAACCCAGAGAAUGCGACGUCAAACCCAGGAAACGUGGAGCAGAUGCCGAAUCCAGGAAACGUGGAGCAGAUGCCGAAUCCAGGAAAUGUGGAGCAGAUGCCGAACGUCGAGAACACGCAGCAGAUGCCAAACGUAGAGAACGCGCCGAAUUCAGAGAACACGCAGCAGAUGCCGAACUCAGAGAACGUGGUGCAGAGUCCAGGGGACACGGGAAACAUCGGGCAGAAUUUCGGGGAAUCGACGCAUCCGUCGGGAGAAAAACCGGGACUUGUCUAA